AUAAAAAUAUUAACACAUGUGCGCCGCUAAGAUAAGAAUAUGAGAUCUGUAAACAAACAGCGAUAAGACUAAUAAUUAAUCUACAAGUCUUGAGAAAACUUAGUUGUAAAACAAGUGCGAUCAACAAUGGACGAAGACACGAGCGAAAUUGAUGCCAUCAUUGAAUCGGUCGGAAAUGAAGGCAAAUUCCAAUAUAGGUUUUACAUUAUCUUCAGUUUCCUGCUACCCCUAUUUGCUGCAAUGCCAACACAGAACUUUAUCAACGCUUUAGCAAUACCCGAUCAUUGGUGUUUCGUUCCCGGAAGAGAGUUUACCAAUUUCACGUUAGGGGAAUGGAAACUAUUACAUUUACCAAAAGAGUAUGAUAGUAUAGGAGUUCUCGGAUACAGCAAAUGCAAAAUGUUCAAUGGAAGUUCAGAAGUUAUAAAAUGUCAACACGGGUGGGAAUUCGAUAAGACUUGGUACGAGAUGACGAUUCCAAUGCAAAAGGCGUGGGUGUGCGAUGAUAGUUUUCAAGUGACCAACACUUUCAUUUUCUCCAAGAUCGGAGAGGCCAUCGGUACUUUCAUUUUUGGUCAACUAGCUGAUACAAUCGGAAGGAAACCUGUAUUUUUCAUGUCCGUGAUGACCGUGGUUGUCGGACGAAUGCUUUUAAUCUUCACAUCAUUCUCAACUAUAUUGUUCUUCCUCGCCAUGAGUUUCGGCAGUUUCUCAACAAAUUCCAUCCUGCAAUCGCCUUUGAUCACCGGGCUGGAAAUUUCCAAAACUGACAAACGGGCUCGAAUAGCUAUGAUCCACAGUAUCGGAGGGACAAUUGGGUAUUGCAUAUUGCCUUUAGCCAUGUGGUGGUUGAACGAUUGGAAGCUGUUCACGGCCGUAACAACACUUCCUUGUAUAUUAUUCAUGCUAACCGUGAAAUUUUUUAUUGAAUCGCCACGUUGGUUGGCUAGUAAAGGAAAGACGUCAAGGUGUGUGAAGGAAUUAGGUAAAAUCGCCAAAAUUAAUGGGAAGGAAUUACCGGAAAAUUUAGCGUACGACAUAUCCAAUUUACCAAAAGAAGAUGAGAAGGUUUACGGUGUGUUAGGUUUAUUCUCAAGUUGGAGAUUAUCCAAGAAUACACUGUGUCUUAUGUCGGGAUGGGCCUCGACCACCUUCAUUUUUGUCACUUUAACAUUCAAUGUAACCAAUUUAGAAGGCAACCCUUUCAUGAACUUCUUCUGGCAAGGAGCAGCCGAAUUACCCGCAUGGUUUAUUGGGAAAUACGCGUGCGACAAGAUCGGCAGACGAUGGACGAACAUCUCUGCAUUCCUUGCAACCUUCGUCGGAUGCCUUUUCAUCCUCGUCAUAAUCCACGAUGAAACGCAGCAACUUACUGUAUCUGCGAUCUGCGUUUUCUUGAAGUUCUGCGUCGCGUUUGCUUCGUACGUGGUGAAUCUGCAAUCCAUGGAGAUUUAUCCGACGUGCAUUCGUCAAGUCGGAAUUUCUCUUGGCGGAAUUUUAGCUAACGUCUCUGGAAUUAUGGCUCCUUACGUAGUUUUCUUGGGAAUCGAAAUCGACGCGUCAUAUCCGUAUGCAUUAUCAGCGAUAUUAGGAUUUUUGGGGAUUAUCUUUGGAUUAUUCCUUCCCGAGACUCUGAAUCAUAAACUUCCGGAAACUUUAACUGAAGCUGCUGCGUUUGGAGCGAAUCAAAACUUCUUCGGCAAAGAGAAAAGAAGGGAUACUGUUGAUCAGUAUGAAAUGUCAUUAAAAAGUUGAU